CCGGCGGAAAGCUUCCAUAAAGGUAGCUGUGGCAGCACUGCAAGUUUACAGAUGCACGCACUUAUGAUCCCGAAAUUCAACGCGAAUUCACUUUCAGCACACAGAGUUUUGUGGACUCCCGCGAACACGCGUAUUACAGUGGAUAUCGCGCUUCUGUAGCGUUGACAGCUUUAAAAUAAUGGGGGCGUUCCUGUUUAGGUGCGUCGCUUCGCUUGCAGUGUGAUCACUGCUGUCACUCACUCUCAUUUGAGGACGCAGGUGACUUAAUCCUGAACGCGAGGAUCUGCUGCGCUGACAUGAUGCGCUCAGGAAUUCCUGCACUAUUAACAAGACUUCCACGAAUCCGACUGAGAUUGACCGGGAACGUCUCGACUGAGGAUGGAGAAAAACGAGAUAGUCAAACUUCACACGAGUGAUUCGAGAGACAACCUACUGGACAAGGAGUCAGUGUUCUCAGCUGGUGAGUUCAUACCAUCUUCUCCUGGGACCUUAGGAUCAGAGCAACACUUUUGUGAAGGAUGCCAAAAGGGACCAGAGUCAGACCUUCAGUUCACUACCCAAACACCAACAUUGACCUUCACAGAGUCCACCCUCAGUCAAAGACCCUCUGAAAUAAACCAAGAAACAAACAGCCUAGACCCGCAGCACAAUGCAAAAAAACAGAAACCUGAUCUGUUUUUUCAGAACCAGGACAAAUUUCUAAAACCAGCAAAAACGGAACAAAGCAAGAAUAAGGGGUUUGAUCAUGAAGAACAAAAGCGAGAUCAUGAGAAAAUCAUGAGUCUGAGACUUCAGGAAACACAGCGUUACGGUCAUGAUGAUGGGAUUCCAGCCGUGGUGAUCACCCAGACAGAAGAGGUCUCAUCAGACCUGGUGGAGUGCAUAUCAGAGAACAUGACGCUCACAAAAUCAUGUCACACUGCCAGUCCUAGUGAUGGCACUGAACUCAACAGCAGUGACCUGCAGUCACUAAAGAGUGACACCAUAUCACUGAUCAGUGAAGCGGCCAUCUCAAGCAAAAGCAAUGAGGGACCAGAGGAAGAUGCACGGAGCAUCGCAGCGUCUUCCGUUAUGUCACUGUUUCAUCGGAUACAGAUGGACCCGGUUGAGAGGGAGUGGUUAUGGUGUGCAGCUCUUGGAAACGCUUCGGCCCUGUAUGUGCUCCUGGAGCAAGACCCCACACUUGUCUCCAAAAAGACGGCGCUCCACUGGGCGGCCAAGCAGGGCCAUGUGGAGAUUGCGGACAUGAUGGCGCGCUCCGGAGCAGACAUCAACCAGAGAGCGGGAUACACAGCGCUCCACCUGGCCUCUUUACACGGACAUGACCACAUCAUCCGACAUCUGAUUAAUAACUACAAUGCCAAAGUGAAUAUCAGAGACUAUCAUGGGAAAAUUGCAGCUCAUUACUGGAACGGCAGCAUGGAUAUUUUUAACAAGCUCACAUCUCAAUCUGCUGGCAGAUGGUCAAGGGGGAGGCGGACCCAGUGCUAUGCACAGCUGUCUUCCCUGCUGUCUCACUCUCGGACACACGGGAGCAUCAAUGUGGAGAUCCGCGCCGGUCCACUAGAACCCACUCCACUGAGCCGAUCACCCUCCUCCUGAUACCAACACUGAACAAUAAUGCUGCAUUCAAGUCAUGUCAAAAACCUGGUCUCAUUGUGUCACGUUACUGAACCUAAAUAUUUGUAAAAUAUUUUUGUGGGUCGUUGGGGUUGGCAGAUCAGUUUUGUUGAUUUAAAACUUGAUAGAUCUUUGGGAGAACAUUUAAAUUGCUUUUAGUGCCACACAGUGGAUAUAUCAACUCAGGACUACCUCGAAAAAUGUUUGUAGUAUUUUUAUUCUUCUAUAAAGUACUUGCUGUGUUUGAUAAUACGUCACUACGACGUCAUACCCUUUAGCAUUUUUGUAACAAGCAAGAGAUGAACAAUCGUUCCAUAAAUUGUUGUUGUUUUAUAUAGAAAAUUUGUUCUGGCUUGAAAAUUAAAAUUAAAAGAGGAAUCAAAAGGAAUAAACUGAGUCCCUUUACAAAGAAAAAGUAAAUCCCUUAUAUUCUGACCAAUAUCACUUGAAUGCACAUCUCAUAAUUAUGACUUCUUAACUUGUAUGUAGGCAUACUAUGUCUGAAUUUUUAAUAUUUACACUUCAAUUCUUUUCAAGAUCAGGGACAAAAUUUUAAGAAAAAAAAUCUUAGUAUAAAUUAUAAGCUUGUAAGAAGGUAUUUGAUAUAAACAUUGAUGGUUUAAAGGGAUAGUUCACCUAAAAAUGAAAAUUCUCUAAUCAUUUACUCACCCUCAUUCCAUCCCAGAUGUGUAUGACUUUCUUCUGCAGAACACAAAUAAAG